AUGUGGUUUAUACUUCUAUUAGUAAACAUAAUCUGUCUGCUGUACCUAAAUUCGAGGAAACCGAAAAACUUUCCUCCGGGUCCGGCAUGGCUACCGAUUAUCGGUUGUGGACUGGAACUGAACCGGUUGCGCCAGAAGACCGGUUCCAUGUCGAAGGCGUCCGGGAUGCUCGCUGAACGGUACGGGCCGGUGGUUGGAGCGCGGAUUGGUGUCGAUCGCGUAGUCUUCGUUUGUGGAGCCAAGGAGUACCGGGAGUUCUCGUUCAGGGAAGAGUUUAAUGGUAGACCUAGAGGAGUUUUUUAUACAAGUCGCACCUGGGGAAAGAGGAGGAGGGUCCUAUUUACUGACGGUGAGUUCUGGGAGGAGCAGAGGGCGUUUAUCAUGAAACAUCUGAGGGAAUUUGGAAUGGGUAAGAGGACCAUGUCUGACAUUAUUGAAGGGGAAUGCCAAGCGAUGGUGAGCGACAUUGGAAGAAAGAUUGACGACUGUAAAGGGGAAUGUGUUCUGCGGAUGGACAACAUGUUUGGUGUUUACGUACUAAACACGCUAUGGACCAUGAUGAGCGCUAAAAAACAUAGUCCAGAUGAUAUGAAAGUAAUACACCUGCAGAAUGUAAUAACAGAUCUAAUAUCCAACAUCCACAUGGAUGGAGCACUAUUCAGCCAUUUCCCAAUUUUACGAUAUAUCUGCCCUGGGUUUUCCGGUUUCAACAGCUUUGUUAACGUCCAUCGGCAGACCUUGGAGUUUCUUCGUGGAGAAAUAGAAGAGUGCAAGGAAGGUUUCGAUUCGGCAGAUCAUCGUAGUCUCACAGAUGCCUACUUGGACACCCUACAAUCCCCAGGUACCAAAACCAGCUUCUCCGAGGAGCAACUGUUGGCCAUCAGCUUAGACCUCUUUAUUGCCGGGACUGAAACAUCAGCCAAAUCCCUGGCUUUUGCUUUUCUCUACCUCAUCCUCAACCCCGACAUCCAAGCAAAAGCCCAAGAAGAAAUUGACGCAGUAAUCGGACGACACCGACUGCCAACUAUGAAGGAUCGGCCACGCUUAAAGUACGCAGAAUGCGUGGUUUUGGAGUCGAUACGGAAGUUUGCUGGCCAAGUGCUUUCGAUACCACGCAACCCUAGAGGACACGCACCUCAACGGAUACUUCAUACCGAAGGACACAAUUAUCAUUGGAAGUCUACGAGGCGCCGUAAUGGACGAGAGCUGGACAAACCCGGAAGCCUUCCAGCCCGAGCGCUUCAUUAAGAAUGGUCGAGUCCAAAUCCCGGAGAACUAUAUAUAUAUAUAUAUAUAUAUAGAUGUUUGGGGGAGGCUUUGGCGAAGGCGAACGUUUUCUUGUUCGUGACGGCCCUCCUGCAGCAAUUCAAUUUUUCCAUUGCGCCGGAUAAGCCCCCUACGGAGGAAAUCGUCGAUGGAUU